AUGGUUUUGUUUCUAUCUCCUGGUCUUAGACCACAUUGGAAAUUUGGCAAAGCAAAUAUUGAGAAACAAGAACCAUUCACUCCAAAGAAACCAGUUGGAAAUUCUGGAAGAAAAUUCCCUCUCCCACCUCAUAUCCUCCACCGCCUUAACCUCCACAACUCCUGCACUUCCUUCCCAUCAAAACCAUCUUCCGCACCAUCACUUCUUCCAUCAUUGAUGAAAGAUUCUCCUACUUCUUUACAUUCAGCGGAUUCUGGUGUUUGGCCUGGUAAGAGACCAGCAGAAGGCACUGCAGACGAGAGACCAGGAAAGAAGGCGAAGUACGGCUUUACCAGCCAUAUUGAUUUUGAAGAAAAGGCAACAGACGCAGACGACGAGGAUUCAGAUUUUGAGCCUGCGGAUACACCGAGUGAUAGAGAAGAGGAGGUUACAACGGUAGCUUCUCCAGUAACCGUCUCAUCAUCGAUUGCAGAACCGGUUGUAGCUAGUCCGCUCGCUUCACCUUUCGAUCCCCAAUCCGAAUCCGAUUUCUCUGAUACACCAAGCUCAAAGAGAAGAGCACUUACACCACCAUCCCCGAUUCCGAAACUUGUUGCCGAGACCGUCACAAAAUCAAUUUCAGCAACGGGUCGUUGGGAUUUCACCCUUACGGCAAAAAAAGCAGGUUACGUUUAUAACCCGAGAAAAUCCAUGACCGAUCUGAGUGAUCGCUUCGCUACGCCUUCAGACUCCGAUAGUACCCUCGAUACCGACGAUAGCGAAUCUGAUUUUAAUUCUACACCAAAUCGCUCUUCGUCACCAGCGCGCGCACGUGCUUCUUCACCUUUACCUUUACCUUUACCUUUACCUUUACCUCAGUGGAAGUACCAUCACAAUCCUAUUGAUCGAAAUAAUCCAACCACUCCACCUUCCAUCGGAACAAAAAGAAAGAUGGAACAAGCAUAUGCCGAAUGGCAUCAAGGAGAAAUGGACACGCCUAGAGCAUCAUCAUGUUCUCCAAUCACUUCACCAGCCGAUACACCUCAAUCCGUUGAUUCCAACGAAGUUGAAUUGGGAACUGCACAAUAUGAUUCGCAGUCAGAACAAGAAAAUAUGGAACCUUCGCGCGCAUCUUCAUACUCAUAUCACACUAUUUCCUCAACCUCAACUCAACUACCACACUCAUCAACAUCCACCUCCGAAACCACCGUAUUUCCUGCCGAUCUACCUUCUCCAUCCGUCCCAUGUCGUUUAGAGCCUCACUCACCUAUUCUCGAUCACCUCACUGCUCAAUAUAUUGCACAGGGACCCCAUCCACAAAUUCCUCACGUUAAUCACGCAGCUGUGAAUCAAAGAAAUGCGACUCAUAUAUUGAACAAACAUCAAGAUGGUCGCGCGCCGUUUGUUCGAGCUGCGAGUCGAAGACUCCAGGCGGUGGUGGGUGUGAGAAACGAUUUACCGUUUGAUUUGCUGAUGGGGACGGGAAAGCACGAUGCGAGUAAUUUGGUUGUGGGGAGGGAUGGGACGUUGGUGGAUUUGGGAUUGAGGGAUUUGGAGGGGAGAGAGGAAGUUAAGGGGGGAACUGGAGCUAGAGAUGAAAGUGGAAAUGGGGAGGAUCUUGCGAGAGAUGAGGGUGUUAUGAGCGGAGAGGAUAUUGGAAAUAGUCGGGAAAAUAUAAGUACGGAUAGGGAUAUGAACACGAACGCAAACGCAAACGAAGCACAUAAUACAAAUACCACGGCACAAUACCUACAAGAUAUCCACGAUUCCUUCAACACUCUUCGCUCUUCCUCUCGCACCCCAUCUACUCAUCAUUUUUCUUCUCACCAUCAGCAAGCAAAACCACCAAAAACCACUCCCAAUCCGCCCCACGAAUCCCUAGCACAAACACAAACACCCUUCUUCCCUCCCUCAGUCAAUCCCUACACCGGUGAAGGACUCCGCGAAUAUCUUCUCUCCCGCGCUUCCAUGACCGGUUCGGUGAAGAGAGAAUGCAGAAGUAUAUCGUUUCAUGAUUUCACACCGGAUGUACGAACGGGCGAUUUUAGAAACCAAUUGUUGGUGCAUUUUGGUGUCGAUGGGAUUUCGAGUUGUGAGAGGGUUGAUGUUGUGGAGUUGGGUUUACCCGAUAUAACCGGUACCCUCCAUCCCUGGCUCUCAAUCUUCAUUCAACGCCCCCUCGUGACCGCCACAUCACCCUCCCCAGCCCUCCACUCCACCUCCACCUCCACCUCCACCACCACGCCUCCCAACUUCCCCUCCCCAACCCCCACAACCUGGCUCUGCAUCGCCGUCCCCAUCUCAAACAUAACAACCUACCCCAUCCAACCCGACACUACGAUUCCUCCUUCUCUCCUCGAAUCCACCUUCGCCCACAGCCAACACGGGCUCCCCACCAAAAAGAUCGCCAAACGUCAAGACUACGAUUUCUCCUUCCAAGGAACACCCAUCUUCGAAUUUUCCACCCGAGCACUCUUUCCCCAGCCCGAAACUCCCUUUCCGAACACUGCGCCCACUGCGGAUUUUCUCUCCAUCGAAGUGCCCCGUCCCUACGAUCCCAGUGAUCCUUAUCUCGAGUUUCCGCCCCAGAUAUCCCGCAAUCUGGUACUGCUCCGGCGGGAAGUAAGGAAGUAUGCAAGGGCUGCGGGAGUGACGGGUGAGGAAUUACAUACGUAUGGUGAUAUGAUGGUGGAUGUGAGUGGAGUGGAUGUGAGCGAGGAGGUGUCUCCCAAUGAGGGGAUUUGGUGGUGUGAAUUCUACAGAGGAAUUACACGGGAUAGGAUUCGCUGGGAGAGGGUGAAGAGGUGUAUGGGUCGGGGAAGAUGUAGAGUUGUUUUGAGAUGGCAGGAUGUACCGGAUGAGAUGAAGAGAUUAGGUGGUCGUUCUAGUUCUAAUUCUAGUUCUGGGAUCGGUUUGGGAGUGAGCAGAAAAAUAAGUGAAGCGGAGAGAGUCAAGCAGGAGAUGAGCAGGGAAAACAUGGGAGGAAUGGGGAAGAAGCGAAGAGAAAGAAAGAGUAUGCAAACGAGCCAUGCGAAUACGAGUCCGAGUGUGGGAUUGGGGGUUACGAGUACGAAUAUGGGGAGUCAUUCACAUUCACAUUCGCAUAUGCGAUCACGAUCCGGCGAAGCAUUGAGAGAUAGUUUGCGUGCGAAAGCGAUUGGGAAUCGGAUGAGUUUUAAUGGAGAUGCUUAG